AUAGAAAUAGUGAGAAUUAGCGAGAAUUAGCGACAAGAACUUUUGAGAAUUAGCGAGAAAGAAUUAGAAGCACUGAGAAUAGUGAGAAUAGUGAGAAUAGACAAUAAAUACUGAGUACUUCCACCACUUACACCAUCUACACAACCCAACCUACACAACCCAACAUCCAAGCAUCCAAGAUAACCACCAAUGGAUCAAAUUCUUAUGAAAGCCAGUAACCAGGCUGUGAGUUUCGCUAUACGAUCAGGAAUCUCAUUAGCUUCUGGUUACGCAAUCAAAACCAUCUCGCAAUUCCUCGAUAAGAUUCCCGAACAUGAAAAGAAUCGAAUUACUACAUUAAAGAAUCGAAUUCAAAUUAAGAUAAAUAUCAUCUCUCUUUCCAUUGACCUAAUAAAACUCGCUAGUUGUCGUGGUAAUAGUACACUUGAACUGACAAUGGAUCUAAUUAAUGAAUUAAAUUCAGAAUUAGAUUCAUUUGAUGAAAAUGUAGAUCAUAUAAUUAAAAGUUUAUCGAGGGGGAAUGAAAAGGAUUCUAUUAAAAAAGUUGAAAAUUAUAUGAAUAAUCUUCUUCAUUUAAUUAAUGAUUCAAUUCCAUUAUUAAAUUUAGCAUUAAUAACUUCAGGGAUUAAUAUUAAUGGAUUUCUUAAUGGCAAUGAAAAAGUAUCUCCUGGUCGAUUAAUUCAAGCAUCGAAUUAUUUAAUUAAAUCAAAUGAAUAUGAUGAUGAUAUAUCUACUAAAUUUAAUAGAGUAGGUCCAAUAUUUGAUUUAGUUACUUAUACGAUCUUUUAUAAUCCAUCACGAGAUAAAUAUGUAUCGGAAGAUAUUAAUGAAUCACAUGAUAAUGUGGGGUUAACAAGUAUAACAUGGAAGGAAACAUUUGCUCGUAGUGAAGUUCGAAUUAUUUGUGCUCCUCAUAGUGAAAAUAAAAUAUUUCAGUAUAAAUUAGAGAUUAAGGAGAGUUUUAAUGAUGGUAGAUAUCAUGAAGAUGAAGAAUUGCCACAAGUUAAAACUUAUGAUGUUAAGUUAGUGCAGCGAUUAUUCUUUAGUGCUUCAGGGAAGUUGCUAAGACUUGAAGGUAGAAAUUCUCCAGUGUUGAUAUUGAAGUUGGUGGAUGGUGAGUCAGAGGAGUGGAUCGCAUUGGGACAAAAGAAUGUAGGAGAGUUUGAAGAGGACGAGGACGAGGACGAGGAAGAGGAAGAGGAAGAAGAACCUAAAGAAGAAGCACCGCCAAAGGAGGAAACUCACUCACUGCUUUCGUUACUCGAAUACAUUCUCCGUCUCAGUAAGCUUCAGCAGAUCGAACAGGUAUCCAUCUCUCAAGUCAAAGAUGAGAUAUUAUCGCUCUACCUACGUGAUGAACUGGAAUCUUCAGUAGUUCUUGAACCUCCUAUUACUAAACCUAAGCAUACUACUACAUUAGCUCAUGAUUCUAAUAUUGCUAGAUUACAAAACUUAACCUUAGAUAAAUAGAAAAGAAAGAAGUGUAUAAUUGCCUUUAAAUAAUACCAUAAAUAAAUAUACAACCGUCAGUACAUCAUAUA